UCUACCUAUAAAGUCAGGGCUAGGAGAUAGCCUAUCAGUCAAAACAGCACAUUAAGACUACUAAACCUAAAAACUUUCAAAUCUGAUCACUUUCACCAGCUGAAGAUGAGGUUGAGUCUGGUGUUCUGCACUUGGCUCUGUGUAGCCUCAUGGAUGGCCGGGGUCUAUGCAAAUGUUGGACCCAUCAAGAGCUGUUGUCUUCAGCUGUCACAGACAAGAGUCCACCCUAAUAACGUAGUGGACUACAACGUACAAACUACAGUGCUGUGUCCCAUCGACGCUAUAGUGUUACACACCAUAGGCAGGAAGAGGAUCUGCGCUGACCCAGGAAGGGAUUGGGUGAGGAAGGCUGUGGGAACGGUGGAUGAAGCCAGAAUGAUCAAGAGAGAGGAGGAGGAGGGAAAGGAGAGAGAGACAGUGACCAAGGGACCGGCAGUGCCACGCAAACACGGAAAAGGACAAAAGAAGGGAGGCAAAAAGGGAAAGGGGAAAGGAGGGAAGAGGGGAGGAAAGAGAAAUGGAAGAGGGCACAAGAGAACUGGUAGGCUAACUGAGAACCUUGAUGUUAGGUCUAAAAGGUGGACUUCAGCAUCUAGGAAAUGAUCACAAUGAGAUCAAAGCAGUAUGGUGACAAGGACGUCUACCUAUGAUGGCAUGUUGUAAGUGCAAUUUUAUCCAUGACAAAUUUUUAUUUUCAAUGUGGACACAAAGUUGUUUUUGUCACUGAUAAAUGGGACCAAUGCUAAUUAAGUUGAACAAUAUUACUGUUUAGUGAAAAAUGUACUGGAGGCUAGUUUAAGCAAGAAUCCUUAGUUUCUACAUACAUUUUGGACUAAAUGAAUGAUAUAUACUCAUACAUUCUUUAUAAAUAUAACUUAUAAACGCUUAUAAAUGCUUUUAAGUAAAAAUAGUGUAGACAUUGUUCAUGUAAAUGACUAUUGUAGCUGGAAACGGCUCAUUUUUAAUGGAAUAUCUACAUAGGUUAUAUCUACAUUAGUAGGAAUAUCUACAUUAGCCCAUUAUCAGCAACCAUCACUCCUGUGUUCCAAAGGCACAUUGUGUUAGCUAAUCCAAGUUUAUCAUUUUAAAAGGCUAAUUGAUCAUUAGAAAACCCUUUUGCA